UCCAGAAGCCCAGGGCCCCGAGCGCCAAGCCCAUUGCUCCCUCGGCUGCGGUGGGAGCGGGGAUCUGCGCAGCCUCCGCGGCUCCCGACUGUGGGGGGCCCGCGGAGUAUGUCGGAGGAGAGCGAGAUGGAGAAAGCCAUCAAGGAAACCUCCAUUUUAGAGGAAUACAGUAUCAAUUGGACUCAGAAGCUGGGAGCUGGAAUUAGUGGUCCAGUUAGAGUCUGUGUGAAGAAAUCUACCCAAGAACGGUUUGCACUGAAAAUUCUUCUUGAUCGUCCAAAAGCUAGAAAUGAGGUACGCCUGCACAUGAUGUGUGCCACACACCCAAAUAUAGUUCAGAUUAUUGAAGUGUUUGCUAACAGUGUACAGUUUCCUUAUGAGUCCAGCCCCAGGGCUCGACUCUUAAUUGUAAUGGAGAUGAUGGAAGGGGGAGAGCUAUUUCACAGAAUCAGCCAGCACCGGCACUUUACAGAGAAGCAAGCCAGCCAAGUAACAAAGCAGAUAGCUCUGGCUCUGCAGCACUGUCACUUACUGAAUAUCGCACACAGAGAUCUCAAGCCUGAAAAUCUGCUCUUCAAGGAUAACUCUUUGGAUGCCCCAGUGAAGUUGUGUGACUUUGGAUUUGCCAAAAUUGACCAAGGUGACCUGAUGACACCUCAGUUUACCCCGUAUUAUGUAGCUCCUCAGGUACUAGAGGCACAGAGAAGGCAUCAGAAGGAGAAGUCUGGCAUCAUACCUACCUCGCCAACACCCUACACUUAUAACAAGAGCUGUGACUUGUGGUCCCUAGGGGUGAUUAUAUAUGUGAUGCUGUGCGGAUACCCUCCUUUUUACUCCAAACACCACAGCCGGACGAUCCCAAAGGAUAUGCGGAGAAAGAUCAUGACAGGCAGUUUCGAGUUCCCAGAGGAGGAGUGGAGCCAGAUCUCAGAGAUGGCCAAAGAUGUUGUAAGAAAGCUUCUGAAGGUCAAACCAGAAGAGAGACUCACCAUUGAGGGAGUGCUGGACCACCCCUGGCUCAACUCGACUGAGGCCCUGGAUAACGUGCUGCCCUCUGCUCAGCUGAUGAUGGAUAAGGCGGUGGUUGCAGGAAUCCAGCAGGCUCAUGCAGAGCAGUUGGCCAACAUGAGAAUCCAGGAUCUGAAAGUCAGCCUCAAACCUUUGCAUUCUGUGAACAACCCCAUUCUGAGAAAAAGGAAGUUACUCGGCACCAAGCCAAAGGACGUUGUUUAUAUCCAUGACCGUGAGAAUGGAGCCGAGGAUUCAAAUGUUGCCUUGGAAAAGCUCCGAGAUGUGAUUGCUCAGUGUAUUCUCCCCCAGGCUGGAGAAAAUGAAGAUGAGAAGCUAAAUGAAGUAAUGCAGGAGGCUUGGAAGUAUAACCGGGAAUGCAAACUCCUAAGAGAAACUCUGCAAAGCUUCAGCUGGAAUGGUCGCGGAUUCACAGAUAAAGUGGAUCGACUAAAACUGGCAGAAAUUGUGAAGCAAGUGAUUGAAGAGCAAACCAUGUCCCAUGAAUCCCAAUAACAACAGCUUCAAACUUUUUUUUUUACAAUUUGAAAUUGUAUUCUUUAAUGUAUAAAGUAAUUUUUAUGUAAAUUAAUAAAUCAUAGUUUCCUUUCCACACCGCUCAAAGAUGCUGUGUAGGUUUAGAUACAGGGUUCACUAGUGGUAUAGUUUUAUUUUUAAGAAAAGCUCAGUUCCUAGAGAUAUCCUGUUACUUCAGGACUAUUUAGUCUUAUGUUUGUAAGAUGACAGAUGGUAUUGUCAAGGAAGAUUGUUUGCUUUGUAAUAAAGUAUACAAAAACCACCUGCCAGCGGUAGCCAGAGGACCAACUAUAGGGACCGUUCUUUUCAGUAAACACUUGAAUCAGGUACUGCCUACUCUGUCUCAAUUGCCCUGUGUGUUUUACCUUCUGCACCUUCGGGAGGUUAACCCUAGUGCCGAGAAACUGUUGUGGGUGAAACACUGCAGGCUGCCUGCUGGAACUCACAGGAUGCAACUUGGGCCUGAAGACCUAGCGUCCACAGUGGAAGAGGCAGGAAGCUAAGCCCUCAUUUUUUUGUCCCUAAUUCCUUGAAGUGGUAAUGUUUCCUUUUUGUCACAUUGGUUAAAGGGGUAUUGGUUUGCUUCUUCAACCCAGUGGAAUUUUCUCUUACGUUUAUUCUUUUCAUGAUUACCAGAGCUUUGAUUUCUUUUCCCCUCUUGGCCCACUUUGUCCUCUCUUCUGUCCCCCACAGCACCCACCAGCCCCACCACUUAUUUCCUUGUUCCUCUGGCCCCCUUUUUUGGGAUGAUUUUUCUGAGAAAAUUACAUAUCAUAGAAACUGGUGCCUAUUGGAUUAAUAUCUAAGAUGAUCCAGUGCUUUUUUUUACCUUGUAAAAGUUGCCCUUUUUCUCUGUAAUGUUUCUGCCCGAGUUUCAUGCUGGCGUCCCCUAGGCUGUUUUUAUCUUUUAUCUUGUCCACUACUCUUAAUCUUCAAGUAGUGUGCUUCUGGCCCAAGGAGCAGCUGGGUGCUUUUCUAGUUUUCUGUUGUGCAUGUGGGCUUCCAUAACAAUUGUGUGUGUGUGUGUGCGCGCGCGCGCGCGCACGUGUGCUUUAGGUGAAGGUUUACAGAGCAAAUCAGUUUCCCAUUCAAUAGUUUAUACACACGUUGCUCCAGGACAUAGGUUGCAUUCCCUGCAAUAUGUCAGUACUCUCCCCAUUACCACCCUGAGUUUCCAUUUCCAUUCGUUGGUUUUCCUAACCCCUUACUGCCUUCUCAUAUUUGCUUUUGGGCAUAUGUUGUCCUUUUGGUCUCAUGGAGGUGACUGUUCAAAAGGAGCACUUUUCUUCAUGUGUGUUAUUGUUUAUUUAUAGGUUUGUCUAUUAUUUGGCCUGGUGGUACAGUGGUUAAAUGCUGUGGCUGCUAACCAAAAGGUCAGCAGUUCGAAUUCACCAGCUGCUCCUUGGAUACCCUAUGGGGCAUUUCUACUUUGUCCUAUAGGGUCGCUAUGAGUCAGAAUUGACUCGACAACAAUGGGUUUGGUUUUUUGGUUUAUUUUAUUUCGCUGAAAGGUGAUCUCCAGGAAUGGCUUCAGUUCUAAGUUAGAAGGGUGUCUAAGGGCUGUAGUCUUGGGGGUUACUUCAGUCUCUCUCAGACCAGUAAAUCUGGUCUUUUUUAUGAAUUUGUAUUUUGUUCUACAUUUUUCCCCCACUCUAACUGGGACCUUCUAUUGUGAUCCUGGCCACCGCGGUCGGUAGUGGUAGCCAGGCACCAUCUAGGUUUUCUGGUUUCAGGCUGGUGGGGGCUGUGGUUCAUGUGGUUCGUUAGUCCUUUGGACUAAUUGUUUCCUUGAGUCUUUGGUCUUCUUCACUCUCUUUUGCUCCGGACGUAUCUUAGAUGGCUACUUGUAAGCUUUUAAGACCCCCAGAUGCUACUCACCAAAGUAGGAUAUAGGCUUUCUUUAUGAAUUACAUUAUGCCAAUUGAGCUAGAUGUCCCUUGAGACUAUGGUCCUUAGCCUUCAAGCACAGUAACUUAGUCCUGUGAGGUAUUUGGUUAUGUCUAGGUUGUUUCCAUGACUGCCCCGUGUGCUCUACUAUAUGUAUGAAUAUACAUGGAGCGCAUACAGAUACAUAUGUAGAAAUAUCCACAGCCAAAUCUACAUAUGCACAUGGCUAUGCUCCCGUAUGCCCUCCCACACCUGUUCGGCGUACUUACCUACAUAGAUAGGUAAGUUAUUGUUAUUCCUGUUGUUGCAGGGUUGUAUAUGUUAUAAUAUUUACCUUCCUUGCCUUUUAUUCUUGUGUACCUCCCAGUGUCUUCCCUUGCCUUGUUUAUGUUUUGCUGACUUCCCCCACAUUGUGUACUGCCUUUUCCUUCACCAAAGUUAACACGUCUACUCUUUAUUGAUUUUCCCUUCUUCCCCCUUCCAUUCCUGGUAACCAAAAAAUGUUUCUUUUUGUGUGUAAACCUUUUCUUGCCUAUUUAUAAUAGCGAUGUCAUACAAUAUUUGUCUUUUUGUAAGUGACUUAUUUCACUCAGCAUAAUGUCCUCCAAAUUCAUUCAUUUUGUGAGAUGUCUCAUGAAUUCACCAUUAUUCUUUAUUGUUGUGUAGUAUUCCAUUGUGUAUUUUAAAAAAACCAAACCCAUUGCCAUCGAGUCAGUUCCAACUCAUAGUGACCCUAUAGGACAGAACAGAAAUUGCCCCAUAGGGUCUGCAGUUUGAAUCCACCAGGCGCUCCUUGGAAACUCUAUGGAGCAGUUCUGCUCUGCCUUAUAGGGUUGCUAUGAGUCGGAAUCGAAUCGAUGGCACUGGGUUGUUGGGUUUUUAAUGGCUAAUGAUGGAAGCAUCUCUUCAGGUGUUUGUUAGCUGCCUGAAUGUCUUCUUUGGUGAAUUGUCUGUUCAUGUCCUUUGACCAUUUUUUACUUGAGUUGUCUUUUUGUUAUUGAGGUGUUUUAAGUUUUCUAUAAAUUUUAGAGAUUAGACCCUUGUCGGCUAUGUCAUAGCUAAGGUUUUUUCUGAGUCUAUAGGUUCUCUUUUUACUCUCUUGGUGAAAUCUUUUGGUGAGUAUAAGUGUUUAAUUUUUAGGACAUCCCAGUUACCAAGUGUAUUUUCUGCUGCUUAUACAUUUUUCGUUGUAUUUGGUAUUCUAUUUAUGCCAUAUAUUAGGGCCCCUAGCAUUGACCCUAUUUUUUCUUCCAUGAUCUUUAUGGUUUUAGGUUUUACAUUUAGGUCUUUGAUCUAUUGAGUUAGUUUUUGUGUAUGGUUUCAGGUAUGGAUCUUGUUUCAUUUUUCUGCAAAUGGAUAUCCAGUUUUGCCAGCAUCAUUUGUUAAAGAGUCUAUAUCUUCCCCAUUUAAUGAACUUUGACCUUUUGUCAAAGAUCAGCUGUCCAGAGUUGGAUGGAUUUACUUUGGGGUUCUUGAUUCUGUUCCAUUGGUCUAUGUGUCUGUCGUUAUACCAGUACCAGGCUGCUACCUACUACCAUGGUACGUACUACCAUGGCUGUAUAGUAGGUUCUGAGAUUGAGAAAUAUGAGGCCCCCUAUUUUGUUCUUCUUCCUCAGUAAUGCUUUGCUUAUCCGGGAUUGCUUUCUUUUCCAUAUCAAGUUGGUGAUCAGUUUUUCCUGUUAAAGAAUGCCGUUAGAAUUUCGAUUUCACUGUACCUGUAGAUUGCUUUGGGUAGUACUGACAUUUUCACAAUGUUAAGUUUUCCUAUCCUUGUGCAUGGUAUGUUUUCCAUUUAUGUAGGUCCCUUAGUUUCUUGCAGUAGUGUUGUAUAGUUUUCUUUGUAUAAGUCUUCUAUGUCUCUAGAUUUAUUCCUAAGUAUUUAUGUUUUUGAGGGCUAUUGUAAACGGUAUUUUUUGCCUGAUUUCCUUUUCAGAGUUCUCUUUGUUGAUGUAUAGGAAUUCAACUGAGUUUUGUGUGUUGAUAUUGUCUGCUGCCAAUUUGCUGAAUUAUUCUGUUUUUUCCAGUAGCUUUCUUGUGGAGUCGCUGGGAUUUUCUAUGUAUAUGAUCACAUUAUCUGUGAUUAGGGAUAGUUUUACCUCUUCCUUACCAAUUUGUGUUGUUGUUAGGUGCUGUCAAGUCGGUUCCAACUCAUACGGACCCUAUGCACAACAGAAGGAAACACUGCCCGGUCCUGUGCCAUCCUCAAAAUCAUUGUUAUGCUUGAGCUCAUUGUUGCAGCCACUGUGUCAAUCUACCUUAUUGAGGGUUUCCUCUUUUCUGCUGACCCUGUACUCUGCCCAGCAUGAUGUCCUUCUCCAGGGACUGAUCCCUCCUGACAACAUGCCCAAAGUAUGUAAGACGCAGUCUCGCCAUCCUUGCUUCUAAGGAGCAUUCUGGCCGUACUUCUUCCAAGACAGACCUGUUCGUUCUUUUGGCAGUCCAUGGUAUAUUCAAUAUUCUUUGCCAACACCAAAAUUCAAAGGCUUCAAUUCUUCUUCAGUCUUCCUUAUUCAUUGUCCAGCUUUCACAUGCCUGUGAUGCGACUGAACAUACCACGGCUUGGGUCAGGCACACCUUAGUCUUCAGGGUGAUAUCUUUGUUCUUCAACACUUUGAAGAGGUCCUUUGCAGCAGAUUUACCCAAUGCAAUGCGUCUUUUGAUUUCUUGACUGCUGCUUCCAUGGCUGUUGAUUGUGGAUCCAAGUAAAAUGAAAUCCUUGACAACUUCAAUCUGUUCUCCGUUUAUCAUAAUGUUGCUCAUUGGUCCAGUUGUGAGGAUUUUUGUCUUCUUUAUGUUGAGGUACAAUCCAUACUGAAGGCUGAGGUCUCUGAUCUUCAUUAGUAAGUGCUUCAAGUCCUCUUCACUUUCAGCAAGCAAGGUUGUGUCAUCUGCAUAACACAGGUUGUUAAUGAGUCUUCCUCCAAUCCUGAUGCCCCGUUCUUCUUCAUAAAGGCCAGCUUCUCGUGUUAUUUGUUCAGUAUACAGAUUAAAUAGGUUUGGUGAAAGAAUACAACCCUGACGCACACCUUUCCUGACUUCAAACCAAUCAAUAUCCCCUUGUUCUGUCUGAACAACUGCCUCUUAGUCUAUGUAAAGGUUCCUCAUCAGCACAAUGAAGUGUUCUGGAAUUCCCAUUCUUUGCAGUGUUACCCAUGGUUUGUUAUGAUCCACACAGUCAAAUGCCUUUGCAUAGUCAAUAAAACACAAGUAAACAUCCUUCUGGUAUUCUCUGCUUUCAGCCAGGAUCCAUCUGACAUCAGCAAUGGUAUCCCUGGUUCCACGUCCUAUUCUGAACUGGCCUGAAUUUCUGGCAGUUCCCUGUUGAUAUACUGCUGCAGCUGUACUUGAAUGAUCUUCAGCAAAAUUUUGCUUGCGUGUGAUAUUAAUGAUAUUGUUCUAUAAUUUCCACGUUUGGUUGGAUCACCUUUCUUGGGAAUAGGCAUAAAUAUGGAUCUCUUCCAGUCAGUUGGCCAGGAAGCUGCCUUCCGUAUUUCUUGGCAUAGACGAGUGAGCACCUGCAGCACUGCUUCUGUUUGUUGAAACAUCUCAAUUGAUAUUCCAUCAAUUCCUGGAGCCUUGUUUUUUGCCAAUGCCUUCAGAGCAGCUUGGCCUUCUUCCUUCAGUACCAUUGGUUCCUGAUCAUAUGCCACCUCUUGAAAUGGUUGAAUAUCGACUAAUUUUUUUUUUGGUGUAAUGACUCUGUGUAUUCCUUCCAUCUUCUUUUGAUGCUUCCUGCAUCAUUUAAUAUUUUCCCCAUGGAAUCCUUCACUAUUGCAACUCGAGGCUUGAAUUUUUUCAUCAGUUCUUUUGGCUUGAGAGACACGGAGCAUGUUCAUCCCUUUUGGUUUUCCAACUCCAGCUCUUUGCACAUGUCAUUAUGAUACUUUACUUUGUCUUCUUGAGAGGCCCUUUGAAAUCUUCUGUUCAGUUCUUUUACUUCAUGAAUUCUUCCUUUUGCUUUAGCUGCUCAACGCUCAAGAGCAAGUUUCAGAGUCUCCUCUGGCAUCAAUCUUGGGUCUUCUCUUUCUUUCCUGUCUUUCAGUGACCUCUUGCUUUCUUCAUGGAUGAUGUCCUUGAUGUCAUUCCACAGCUCGUCUGGUCUUCGAUCACUGGUGUUCAAUGCAUCAAAUCUAUUACGAUGGUCUCCAGAUUCAUGUGGGAUAGACUCAAGGUCAUAUUUUGGCUCUCGUGGAUAUGCUCUGAUCUUCUUCAGUUUCAGCUUCAACUCGCAUAUGAGCAAUUGAUGAUCUGCCACAGUUGGCCCCUGGCCUUGUUCUGACUGAUGAUAUUGAGCUUUUCCAUCGUCUCUUUCCACAGAUGUAGUCAGUUUGAUAUCUGUGUGUUCCAUCUGGCGAGGUCCAUGUGUAUAGUCACCGUUUAUGUUGGUGAAAGAAGGUAUUUGCAAUGAAGAAGUCGUUGGUCUUGCAAAAUUCUAUCAUUUGAUCUCCAGCAUUGUUUCUAUCACCAAGGCCACACUUUCCAACUACUGAUCUUCUUGUUUCCAACUUUCAGAUUCCAAUCACCAGUAAUUAUCAAUGCAUCUUGAUUGCAUGUUCAAUUAAUUUCAGACUGCAGCAGCUGAUAAAAAUCUUCCAUUUCUUCAUCUUUGGCCCUAGUGGUUGGUACCUAUAUUUGAAUAAUAGUUGUAUUAACUGGUCUUCCUUGAAGCCGUAUGAAUAUUAUCGUAUCACUUACAGCAUUGUACUUCAGGAUACAUCUUGAAACAUUGUUUUUGACGAUGAAUGGAACACCAUUCCUCUUUGAGUUGUCAUUCCCAGCAUAGUAGACUAUAUGAUUGUCCAAUUCAAAAUGGCCAAUACCAGUCUAUUUCAGCUCACUAAUGCCUAGGAUAUUGAUGUUUAUGCAUUCCAUUUCAUUUUUGACGAUUUCUAAUUUUCCAUGAUUCAUACUUUGUACAUUCCAGGUUCUGAUUAUUAAUGGAUGUUUGCAGCUGUUUCUUCUCAUUUUGAGUCAUGCCACAUCAGCAAAUGAAGGUCCCAAAAGCUUUACUCCAUCCACAUCAUUAAGGUCCACUCUACUUUGAGGAGGCAGCUCUUCCCCAGUCAUGUUUUGAGUGCCUUCCAACCGGGGGGGCUCAUCUUCCAGCACUAUAUCAGACAUCGUUCUGCUGCUAUUUAUAAGGUUUUCAAUGGCUAAUGCUUUGGUUUAAUGCUUUUCAGAAGUAGACUCCCGGGUCCUUCUUCCUAGUCUGUCUUAGUCUGGAAGGUCAGCUGAAACCUGUCCUCCACGGGUGACCCUGCUGGUAUCUGAAUACCAGUUGCAUAGCUUCCAGCAUCACAGCAACACCCAAGCCCCCACAGUAUGAAAACCUGACAGACACGUGGGGGUUACCAAUUUAUAUGCCCUUUAUUUCCUUUUCUUGCCUUACUGUCACGCUAGGACUUCUAAUACAAUAUUGAAUAAGAGUUGGGAUAAAGGGCUUCCUUGUCUGAGUCCCGUUCUCAAGGGCAAUGCUUUCAGUUUCUCUCUGUUGAGAAUAAUGUUAGCUGUUGCUUUUGUAUAUAUGCCCUUAAUUAUGUUGAGGAAUUUCUCUCUUCUCCUACUUUGCUGAGAGGUUUUAUCAAGAAUGGGUGUUAGAGUUUAUCAGAUGCCUUUUCUCCAUCAAUUGAGAUGAUUAUGUGAUUCUUGUUUUUUAUGUGCUGGAUUACGUUCACUGACUUUCUAACGUCGAACCAUCCUUGCAUACCUGGUAUGAAUCCCACUUGGUAAUGAUGCUUUAUUUUUCUAACAUGCUGUUGUAUUCUAUUGACUAGAAUUUUGUUGAGAAUUUUUACAUCUGUAUUCUUGACGGAUAUUGGUUUAUAAUUUUCUUUUUUACCAGUGUCUUUCAGGGUUAUGCUGGCUUCAUAGAAUCAAUUUGGGAGUAUUCCUUCCUUUCCUAUGUUCUGAAAUAGUUUAAGCAGUGUUGGUGUCUACUUUUCUCUGAAUGUUUGGUAGAAUUCUCCAGUGAAGCUGUCUGGGCCAGGGCUUUUUUUUCUGUUGUUGUUGAGAGUUUUUUAAUGACCUCUUCAAUUUCUUCUUUGUUAUGGGUCUGUUCAGGUUUUCUUUUUUUUUAAUUUGUUUUUAAAUUGUACUUUAGAUGGUUUACAGAGCAAACAAGCUUCUCAUUAAACAUUAAUACACAUAUUAUUUUGUGACAUUGGUUGCCAACCCCAUGACAUGUCAACACUCUGCUCUUCUCGACCUUGGGUUUCCCAUUACCAGCUUUCCUGUCCCCUGCUGCUUUCUUAUCCUUAUCCCUGGGCUGCUGUGCCCAUUUAGUCUCAUUUUGUUUUAUGGGCCUGUCUCAUCUUUGGCUGAAGGGUGAACCUCAGGAAUGACUUCCUUACUGAGUAAAAGGGUGUUUGGGGGCCAUACUCUUAGAGUUUCUCUAGUCUCUGUCAGACCAGUAAGUCUGGUCUUUUUUUUUUUGUUAGAAUUUUGUUCUACAUUUUUCUCCAGCCUUGUCUGGGACCCUCUACUGUGAUCCCUGUCAGAACAGCUGGUGGUGGUAGCCAGGCACCACCUAGUUAUGCUGACUCAGUCUGGUGGAAGCUGUGGUACUUGUGGUCCUUUAGUUCUUUGGACUAAUCUUUCUCUUUUGUCUUUGGUUUUCUUCAUUCUUCCUUGCUCCAGAUGGGGUGAGACCAGUGGAUUAUGUUAGAUGGCUACUCAAGCUUUUAAGACCCCAGACGCUACUCACCGAAGUAGAAGAUAGAACAUUUUCUUUGUAAACUAUGUUAUGCCAUUUGAGCUAGAUGUUCCCAGAGACCAUGGUCCCCACAGCCCUCACCCCAGUAAUUUGGUCCCUCAGGGAGUUCGGAUAUGUCUGUGGAGCUUUCAUAACCUUGCCGUGGACAAGUUGUGCUGGCUUCCCCAGUAUUGUAUACUAUCUUACCCUUCACCAAAGUUACCACUUACCUAUUGUCUAGUUAGCGUUUUUCCCUCCCCAUCCCACUCUACCCUCGUAACCGUCAAAGAUGGUGUGUAAACCAGUCUCAUACAAUAUUUGUCCUUUUGUGACUGACUUAUUUCACUCAGCAUAAUGCCUUCCAGAUUCAUUCAUGUUGUGAGAUGCUUCACACAUUCACCAUUGUUCUUUAUUGUUGGGUAGUAUUCCAUUAUGUGUCUGUACCAUAGUUUGUUUAUCCAUCAUCUGUUGAUGGGCACCUAGGUUGUUUGCAUCUUUUUGUUACUGUGAACAAUGCUACAGUGAACAUGGGUGUGCAUAUGUCUAUUCGUGUGAUAGCUCUUAGUUCUCUAGGAUAUAUUCCUAGGAGUAGGAUUGCUGGAUUAUAUGGCAUUUCUAUUUCUAGCUUUUUAAGGAAGUGCCAUAUCGUUUUCCAAAAUGGUUGUACCAUUUUGGAUUCCCAUCAGCAGUACAUAAGAAUUCCAAUCUCCCCUCAGCCUAUCCAACAUUUGUUAUUUUCUCUGUGUGUGUGUUUUUUUUUUUAUUUGUGACAGUAAUGUUGGGGUGAGAUGGUAUCUCAUUGUGGUUUUGAUUUGCAUUUCUCUAAUGGCUAGUAAUCACAAGCAUUUCCUUAUGUGUCUGUUAGCCACUUGAAUGUCUUCUUUGGUGAAGUGUCUGUUCAUAUCCUUUGCCCAUUUUUUAAUUGGAUUGUCUUUUUGUUGUAGAGGUGUUGGAGUUUCCUAUAGAUUUUAGAGAUUAGGCCUUUGUUGAAUUUGUCACAGCCAAAAAUUUUUCCCCAGUCCAUAGGUUCUCUUUUUACUCUUUUGGUGAAGUCUUUUGAUGAGCAUAAGUGUUUAAUUUUUAGAAGAUGCCAGUUAAUCUAGCUUAUCUUCUGGCAUUUGGCUAUUUAGUUAUAGUUUGUAUCCUGUUAAUGCUGUGUAUUAGGGUCUCUGGUGCUGACCCUAUUUUUUCUUCUAUGAACUUAUAGUUUUUGGUUUUAUAUUUAGGUCUUUGAUCCAUUUUGAAUUAGUUUUUGUGUAUGGUGUGAGGUAUGAGCCCUGUUUCAUUUUUUUUUUUUUCAGAUGGACAUCCAGUUUUGCCAGUACUAUUUGUUAAAAAGACUGUCUUUUCCCCACUGGUGGACUCUGGGUCUUUAUCAAAGAUCAGGUGACCACAGGUGGCUGCAUUACAUCUGGUUCUCAGUUCUGUUCCUUUGGUCAAUGUAUCUGUCAUACCAGUACCAGGCUGUUUUGACUACCAUAGCUGUGUACAGUAGGUUUUGUGGUCAGGUAGUGCGAGCCCUCCUACUUUAUUAUUCCUCUUCAGUAGUGCUUUACUUAUCCGGGGCCUCUUCCCUUUCCAUAUAAAGUUAAUGAUUAGUUUUUCCAUUGCUUUAAAGAAUGCUUUGGUAUUUGGAUCAGGAUUGCAUUGAAUUUUUAGAUUACUUUGGGUAGAAUUGACGUUUUCACAAUGUUAAAUCUACCUAUCCAUGAGCAUGGUAUAGCUUUUCCAUUUAUGUAGGUUCUGUUCAGAUUUUCUACCUCAGUUUGUGUUAGUUUGGGUAGGUAGUGUAUUUCUAGAAAGUUUUCCAUUUCUUUUAGGUUUUCUAAUUUGUUGGAGUAUAAUUUUUCGUAAUAUUCUGUUAUGAUCCUUUUUAUUUCACUUGGUUCUGUUGUAAUGUCACCAAUUUGAUUUCUUAUUUAGGUUAUUUGUAUCUUUCUGAAUUUGGUCUGUUCAUCAAUUUUAUUAAUCUUUUCAAAGAACCAGCUUCUAGUCUUGAUUCUUUUGAUUGUUUUUCUGUUUUCUGAUUCAUUUAUUUCUGCUCUAAUCUUUUUUCUUCUAGUGGCUGGCAGCUUCCUUUGCUGUCUUUUUUUUUUUUUUCCUAUUUGUUCAAAUUGUAGGGUUAAGGUAUUGAUUUUGGCCCUGUCUUCUUUUUUUAUGUGUGUGUUUAUUGCUAUAAAUUGAUCUCUGAACAUUGCUUUUGUCCCAGAGGUUUUGGUAUGUUGUGUUUUCAUUCUCAUUUCAUUCUAAGAAUUUUUUUUUUUUUUUUUACUGUGCUUUAAGUGAAAGUUUACAGCUCUAGUUUCUCAUACAAAAACUUAUACACAUUGUUAUGUGACCAUAGUUGCUCUCCCUAUAAUGUGACAGCACACUCCUCCCUUCCACCCCAGAUUUCCCGUGUCUGUUCAACCAGCUCCUGUCCUCUUCUGCCUGUUCACCUCACCUCUGGACAGAAGCUACCCAUUUAGUCUCAUGUUAUCUACUUUUACUAAGAAGCAUGCUCUUCACAAGGAUCAUUUUAUAUCUUAUAGUCCAGUCUAAUCUUUGAGGAGUUGGCUUUGGAAUGGUAUUAGUUCUGGGUUAACAGAGAGUCUGAGGGCCAUGUCUUCUGGGGUUCCUAUAGUCUCAGUCAGACCAGUAAAUAUACAUUUUUGGCUAGAAUUUGAGUCCUGCACUCCACUUUUCUUCUGCUCCAUCAGGGACGCUCUGUUCCCUGUCAGGGCGGUCAUUGGUGGUAGCCAGGCACUGUCCAGUUCUUCUGGUCUCAGGUUGAUGGAGUCUCUGGUUUAUGUGGCCCUUUCUGUCUCUGGGCUAAUAAUUUCCUUGUGUUUUUGGUAUUCUUCAUUCUUCUUUGCUCCAGGUGGGUUGGGACCAAUUGAUGCAUCUUGGGUGGCUGCUCACUAGCUUUUAAGACCUUAGAUGCCACUCACCAAAGUGGGAUGCAGAACACUUUCUUAAUAAACUUGGCUAUGCCAGUUGACCGAGAUGUCCCCUGAAGCCAUGGUCCCCAGACUCCUGCCCCUGCUCUGUCCCUGAAGUGUUUGGUUGUAUUCAGGAAACUUCUUAGUUUUUGGUUUAGUCCAGUUAUGCUGACUUCCCCUGUAUUGUAUAUUGCCCUUCCCUUCACCUAAGAUAAUUUAAUUCCAAGAGUUUAUUUCAUUUUUAAUUUCUUAUAUUACUCAGUGCUUUUUAAGCAAGGUGUUACUCAGCUUCCAUGUAUUUGGAUUUUUUUCCUUGUUCUUCCUGUUAUUGAUUUCUGGUUUUUAUUGCAUUGUGAUCUGAGAAGAUGCUUUGCAUUAUUUGGAUUUUUUAAAAAUGUAUUGAGGCUUGCUUUGUGGCCUACAGUAUGGUGUAUUCUGGAGAAUGAUCCAUGUGUGCUGGAGAAGAACGUGUACAGUGUUGCUGUUGGGUGGAACAUUUUGUGUGUGUGAGGUCCAGUUGCUUGAUUGUGAUGUUUAGAUCUUCUGUAUGAUUGUUGAGUUUCUCACUGGUUGUUCUGUCCUUCCUCGAAAGUGGCAUGUUAAAGUCUCAUACUAUUAUUGUGGAACUAUUUCUCAUUUCAAUUUUUUUAGAGUUUAUGUCUUUGGGAGCUCUGUUUUCAGGUAUGUAAAUAUUUAUUAUGGUUAUGUCUUCUUGGUGGAUUGACCUUUAAUCAUUAUAUAGUGCCCUUCCUUGUCUCUUAUGUUGGAUUUUGCUUUAAAGUCUAUUUUAUCAGAAAUUAAUAUUGCCACUCUUGCUCUUUUUUCAUUACUGCUAGCUUGAUAAUACUUUUUUCCAUCAUUUGAUUUUUAGCUUAUUUUUACCUUUGUGUCUAAGAUCUGUCUCAUAUAGGCAAUGUAUUGAUGGGUCAUUUUUUAAAUACAUUUCGUUACUCUCAGUCUCUUGACUGGUUCGUUUAACCUAUUUACAUUCAGUAUGAUUACUGAUAGGUAGGAAUUUACCACUCUCAUUUUGUGUGCUUUUUUCGUGGUGUUGACGGUUUCUUUGUUCUGCUUACUUUUCCAUACUGAGUUCUUCUUGUUUAUGGAUUUCAUUUCCUUCGUUGUUGAUUCGGUGUAGUCUACUGAGUCUUUCUGGUUUUCUUCUUUUUUAUUUUGAUGAGUAGGUUUAUUAAUUUUCUUUGUCAUUACCCUGAAAUUUUCCUUUGUCUUCCUAAGUUUAGAACAGUCUGUUAUAUCUUGAUAUCACUUUGAAUUCCUCUCCAUAUACAAGUUUGUAGCUGCACCAUUUAUUCUUCCUUUUUACUUUGAAGUUAUCACUUACAGAUUGACUUCUCUGGUUUCCCUGUUUUCAGUCUUGUAGCUUUAUUUUUGAGAAUUCUUUGUCUUGGUUGGUGUCUGGGUGAUGCUGUCAUGUGCCUUAAACUCAGACUGUUGUCUGAUGUCGUUUCUCUGUCUGAAGACUCCUCUUUAAUAUUUCUUCUAAGGUUGAUUUGGUUUUUUACAAAUUCCCUUACUUUCUGUUUACCUGGAAAUGUUUUAAAGUUUCGCCAUUGUAGUUGAGAGACAGUUUUUCUGGAUAUAUAAUUCUUGGUUGGCAAUUUUUUUCUUUCUGUGUUUUAUAUGUCAUCCUACUGCCUUCUUACCAACAUAGUUUCUGCCGAGAAAAGAAAGCUUGCUCUUAUUGGUUCCCCUUUGCAGGUGACAAUUUAUGUUUCCUGAGCUGCUCUCAGGAUUCUUUGGUUUUGGAAAAUUUGAUUGUGCUAUGUCUUGGUGACUUUCUUUUGGGGUCUAUCCUGUAUGAGGUUUACUGAGCUUCUUGGGUGGGCUCUUCUUUCAUGAUAAUAUUAGUGAAGUUUUCUGCCAGCAAAUCUUCAAAAUUUUUCUUUUUGUCUUCUCCUGGAGUUCCUAUCACACAAAAAUUAUUCUUCCUGACAGGAUUUCUUUUUCUUUUUUCUUAAUGUUCCUCAAACAAAUUAGUAUCAAAGGAUUUGUCCUCUAUUUUGCUGAUUCUGUCUUCCAUUGAUUCAGUUCUACUCGUAUGUCCUUCCAUUGAGUCAUCUGAGAUUUUAUUGUUGAUCUUCUGGAUUGCUGUUUUUGUAUGGUUUCUAAUUGUCUAUUUUGCCAUUUUGUUCUUGUAUUGUUUUCCUGAAUUUUUAGAAUUUUGCCUGUGUUUUCCUUGAUCUCUUUCUUGAUCUAUUGGAGGAUCCUAUAUAUAAGUCUUUUGAAUUCCUUAUCUGGUAAUUCCAUUACCAUUUCUUCCUAGGAAGAUUUUCUGGCCCUUUAUUUUGGUCACUUGGUUGAGCCAUCUUUUCCUGCUUUUUUAUGUGAUUUGAUGUUGUCCGUUGUCUCCAAGGCAUUAAGGUGUUAUAUUUAUUGUAUGUUUGUUUGCUUAGCCCUGGUUUCUUGUUUUGUUUUUAUGUUUCCAGGCAGACGGGGCAGACAUGCUAAUUUGGUCGGCACUGGGGUGCUCAUCACCUGUUUCUGGCUAGCACACAUGGGUGCCUGGGCACUUCUUGUCUGCUGCAGCCAGCAUUUGGGACCUGCCCCCAACCAACUGCAAAGAGAAGUGGGGCACCUGGGGUCCAGCCGAGUGGGAGACCUCCUGCUGAUACUCCACUGUUCCACUGCCUCAUGCAUGUCACCCACCCUGGAGGUCAGAGACUGCCACUUGUGGGUAUACCUGACUCUGGAUCCUGGCUCCCUCUCUGCUCUGUGGACAGCAGGAUCCCUGGAAUUCUCACCCUCCUGUGUUUUCCUUCCUUGGAUUUGAAUCAUGAUCUGCUCAGCUUGUUUCUCUCCAGGUGUGUUUAUAUAGUCUCUGUCUCUUAUGAGCAUGCUGUGAAGUUGCCUUCCUAUACUCCUCACCCGAGGUUGCUGCAGGCUUUGUCUCAAGAUGGCCACGUUGAGCCGGGAUGGCUGGCAGCACUGCUCUGCUCCAUUCCAGUCCUCUUUUGCAGCUGCAUUCAGUUUUUUCUUCCAGUCACUGUUGCAUUUUUUAUCCUUCCUUUUUAAUGUUCAGGGUUCCAAGAUUAUUACCUGGGUCUGUUUCACUUGGCUUCUCGGGUCAUUGCUGUAGAGGGACAGAAUGGUGCAUCUGACUAAUCUGCCAUCUUGGCUCUUCCCCUCCAUAGGAAUUUUUUUUUAAGUGAUUUUUGGUGGGUUAUCUGUGUUGGUAAAGAGAAGAGUUAACAGGCAGAUUCCAGUUCACAGAGAAGGAUCACAGGUUCAGCUCUUCAAUUUCAUCAGAUCACAAUAUCUUCAAUCCAAAUUUUUUAACUCUUCCACUUUGCUAAGUAUGUCUUCAGGGUGACAUUUGGUUAGUAUGUUUAUAUCUUGUGGCUGACUACAGGAAUUUAUGAUAAAAACAUAAAUUCUCUUUUAAGAAUUACCUUACUAUGUUGGUUCCCUUUUAUCUUGGAGAAUUUAUAAUACAAGGUAUUUUUUGAGGUAAAGCUCACUGAUUAAUGUCCUUUCCAGCAUUUCCUCAAUGAUGGGAAGAAUCUUAGGUGACUGAUAACUGUUACAAAUGGAUACCCUCUAAGGAGAAUUUAAUGCUUUUCAACAUGGCAAAAUAGAAGAGUUAGGUAGCAGAGAAAAAAUGUUGCCUUUUAUCUACUGACCAGAAAACUGAGCUGAGCAUUGAACUAAGCUUGUGCUGUUUUUCAGUGAAAUGUACUCCUAGAAAUCAUGACUUGCAGUCAUGAAAAGCUCUAAUUUUUCCCAGAAAAACUGAACACCUGUAGUUUCUAUCUUAGGGAAAUGGCUCAGUAUUCCAUAGGGAGAGGAGGGCAAUAAUUUGUUACUCUUUUUCUUCAGAGGAACUUUCUAGCACAUCUGGUUCACCACUGACUUCUCAAAUAUGUUGUCUGGGUGUCUUCUAAAGGCUCAGGAUGAAUUUUUUGCUUCUCUGUGGCGAAUUCUAGGCAUGAUAUGAAAGGGUGUCCAAAGUGAUGCUUCCUUUUACUCUGAGCAGUAGUUGCCCAUAUUUUAGUCACUUCAGGCUGAAUUCAUCUGGCCCCCAACUGAGUGCUAUAUCCAGAUGUGUCCAGAUGAGCACCAUGCUGGAAGUUUCUACAUAUCCUGGAGGCCACCCCAACUGUUACAACUCAAAAGUCACUCCUAUCCUGGACAGACCUCCUUGGGAAAAAAAAAAAAAAAAACAUUGACUCCCAAAGGACUCAACACUAUUUGGUCUUCAAA